AUACAGAACACUCCCUGGCUUUAGAUGUGGAUGUGUUUUGCACAAAAACUGGACUGAUCCAGGAUGACAUGAUACCACGGCAGAGUCAAGAAUGGAAUGUUACCAAAAUGGCGGAACGUCGUCGUUACAGCUGUCCGCCUCCAACCUGCCCCCACCGCUGACGCGCACCUCCCAGGCCUCCAGCAGCCCCUCCUCCCGGCUCUCCUCGCCCCACGAUCCUUCCCAGCGGCUCUCGCCCCAGGACGCUGGCUCGCCCCUGUCGUUCCGCGAGAUCCCGCGCUGCCCCGCGAGCCAUGAGGCGUCUCCCCGCCUGUCGCCGCAGCGGGGCGCCGCGCGGCUGUCCUUCCACGAGGGCGCGCCCAUCAGGCUGUCGUCCCACGAGGGCGGCCCUCGCAUGUCCCCCCGGGAGUACUCGUCGCGCCUCUCGCACGAGUCGCUCCCCCGCCUGUCGCCCCACGAGCCGGUAGCUCGCCACCUGCCGCAUGCGCCGGGGACCCUCCAUCUCUCUCCCCACGAGCGCCGCCUGUCUCCUCACGAAGGGCCGCCUCGCAUGUCCCCGCAGGAACAGCACGCGCACCGGAUGUCGCCUCACGACCCCCCCUCACACAUGGCGCCUCACGACCCCCCCUCACACAUGUCGCCCCCGGAGCACGCGCACCGGGCGUCGCCCCCGGAGCACGCGUGUCGCAUGUCCUCCCAAGAGCACAUUCAUCGCAUGUCGCCGCAGGAGCACGCGCACCGGGCGUCGCCGCGGGACUCGGCGUCCUCCCGCAUGUCCUCGCGGGAGUCGUCGCCGCGCCAGUCGCCGCGGGACCGAAGUCCGCGCUCGUCCGUGCACGAGGCCGGCCCCCUCCUCCCCCCCCACGACCCCCUGCCGCGCCGGCCGUCCCGCGAGUCGGUGUCGCAGCUGCUGAUCCACGAGCCGCUGCCCCGCAUCGCCUCGCGCGAGUGUGUCCCGCGCGUGGCGUCACGCGAGUCCCCGGCCGGCGCGGCGCCCCACGAGCCCCGCUGCGGCCUCGUCCACUCGUCCAGCCGCUCCUCCGCCGCCCGCCCUCCGUCGGACGGCCUCAGCAACCACCGGGCGACCCAGCACGCCGGCCCCGAGUCGCCCCGGCUCUCGCGGCGGGAGACCGACCUGUCCCUCAACCACGUUCGGCUGCAGGAGACGUACAUCAACGUGGAGACCCUAGAGGAGCGGGAGGCCGAGAAGCAGCUCUCGCAGGCGUGGAAGAGGAAGCGAAGACGCUCAGUGGAGGCCACCAUACCCGAGUACCUGAAGUCAGCGCCGCUCAAGCGCGUCACUCACCAGCUGGAGGAGAGCGUCCUCCUCAACUUCCUCACAACCAUCACGGAGGCUGUCCUCACCUGCGUCAUCAGCGUGCCUCUCAGCCUCGCCUUGCUCCUGGCGUUGCCCUUCGCCGUCGUGGUCAAGGCCUUGGGCGCCCUGUGCCAGGCCUCCGGCUGCCGCGGCUGCAAGACGUGUCACCACGAGUAUCUAGCGCCCCACGACGCACAGUUCCUCUUGCAAGACAUUGAUAAUCAUUCCGUGAUCCACAGCGUGCUCAUCAUUGACGCCUCGAUGAACCUGAAGCGCAUCAAGCAGCUCCUCGCGUCCCGGGUGGUCGAGGCCAAGAACGGCGCCGGCGGACUCAUGUAUCCGCGCCUCACGCAGAUGGUGUCGCAGGUGCCGGGGGGGCCCGCCUGGGUGCACGACCACAACUUCAACCUGCACAACCAUGUGUUCUCGGGCCCCUCCAUAACCACAGAGGAAGCCCUCCAGAAGUACGUCAGUUCCCUGUUGUCGCAGCCGCUGCCGCCGUCGCGGCCGCUGUGGGAGGUCAUCGUCCUGCACGACUACGGGCGGAGCCACGACACGGUGCUGGUGUGCCGCCUCCACCAGUGUAUCUCCGACGGCAUGUCGCUGGUGCGCGUGCUGUGCCAGUCCCUCUCCGACAACCAGAUCAUGCACAUCCCGCAGAAGCCUCAUUUCGGCGGCAUGACCUACGGCAUGAACCUGAUCAAGGCGGCGCUGGUGGGGCCCCUGACGACGCUCACGUGGCUGUGGUGGUGGCGGCCGGAGCUCAACCCCCUCACGGUGAAGCGAGGGGCGGCCAAGCCACGCCCGCGCAUCGCCCGGAGCGGCAGAGCGUCGUGCUGCGGCUGCAACCGCGAGAUCGCGUCCAGCAGCUCGAGCGACGGCGGCGCCUACACCGUGUGGGGCGAGGACGGCGGCGACGGCCAGCUGGUGCUGUGGUCGGCCGGCGUCUCCAUGAACCGGGUGGUGCGCAUCAAGCAGGUCACCAGGACGUGUCUCAACGACGUCCUCCUGGCCGCUCUCUCGGGGGCGCUCAGGGUCACCAUGCAGCGGCAAGGCGUGCUGCACCCGCCGGACCUCAAGGUACGUGCUCCGUCUGCCUCGCAUGACAACACGGGCCUACAGACCCAAUAUAAUGAGCUCCGAGAGUGGUAUCGCAUUCGGCUCAAGGAAAACAGAAAUUGAUAAUCAUCAUAUUCACGGCCUUAAAAAAAAAGCAGGAACAAAGAGCAUUGUUUCAGAAAUAAUUAU